ACCGCCCGCUCCCGCCGCCCCGCAGGGUGUGUCCGCCCGGGCCCGGCGGCGGAGGAGGAGGGAGGGAGAGAGAAGCCCCCGCUCUUACAAAAGCUUCCCGGGCGAGGAGCGGGCUUGUGUCCUGUGGGCUAGCAGCCAUGUCGCUGAGGAAGCCCGCGGGCAAGCGGCGCAGCACCGACUCGGGCGUGGAGCCCGACCGCGGGGCCCUCUCUCAGGAGAAGAAGGAUCAGCGCAUCGCGCUCUUCCUCAGCGACUUCGACCAGCAGGCCAAGGAAAACAUCCAGGAAAUGAAGAAAGAGCUUGAUUCGCUUUUGCAAACAGCCGAGAAGGCGCUUACGGUGGAGCUGCUGAAGAUGCCGGUUGCCAUCAGGAAAAUGAAAAGAAAAGACUUGCUUAUUACAGAUUUGCGAGGAGGAGAGGAAGUGGCUCUUGCUGCUGCGGUGACUGACUGCUCUCUAGAAGACGUACCAAAUCCAAAACUGGUGAGGACCAACAGCAAAAAAGUUAAGGUAACAACAAUUGUUGAAUAUGAAGAUGCCAAGCAUAUUCCUGCAACGAAAAUAUCUAAAAAAGUUUCCAAAACAAAGUCAUUGGUUUCAUUGGCCUCUGGUUUAAAUAGCAAACUGAAGCCUCUUUCUAGGUCUGCUCACUCUUCUGUAUGUGUGACUGAGGCCGUUAAGUCUCUUGCUUCUGAUUGCAGUGCCACAAACCUCAAAGCCAUGCCAAAGCUAUCUAAAAGUGCUGGACUACAGCAGCCUGUCUCAAGAACUCUACCUACCCGUGGAAGAGUUCAAGGCAUGUUACUACGAAGUAAAUCAGUACCCCAGCAUAAAACUGUUCCGUUUGUAAACAUUCCCCUGGCUGAUGGACAGACACUUUGUACGGCUGGUGGAGACCUCCAUAACAUUGAUGUGCAACUACUAAAUCAAGAUACAGUACAGCAUAUUCAUAACUUGGUGAGCGAGCUGACUGUACUAUGUGGAAAGGCAUCAGCUAAACUGAGUUAAUGGAACUGUCUUCUGACUAAAGAAUUUUCAUGACAGCUCUUGCUGCCUCUGAAGUCUUUACAGAAUGCCUAUAAUGUCUUAAUAAAGCUGUAUACUGUCUAGUAAAUGUUUUUUUAUAUAAAAGCUUACACUGUCAUGUGUAUUAUUAAAUUCUUGUUAUCCCUGUGAAGGAUACAAAAACAGAAGGACAUAAUUCUACUUUUCCAACUCUUUUUAUAAAAAGGGCUUAGUUAACACCUCACCUCAGUAUGCAGUAAAAUGAACAGUACGAGACUGUAUGUAGGAAGUAAGCUUUUAACUCUGAUAUUGUAAAUAGGACUCUUUAAGGUGUGUGCAGUGGGGUUUUCUUGUAUGUAAUAUUUAUAAGUGUAGAGCUUUUUAAUGGCAUCCUUCCAUGCAUGCCACAAGCAGAAUGUAGUGUUAGUUUUCCACUUAUGUGUUGUCUUCCCAGUGUCAGUCUCCUUGCAUCUAACUCUUAAAAUUAAGCUGAAGUGCAAAUUUUUAAUUUCUCAAAUAGCAUUUUAAGGCAUGUAGCUGUAGUUCUGUAGUGGCAUAUAUGAAUCUGACACUGGAAUAAAACUUCAUGUCUUGUGCUGUGACAUGACAGUUAUGUGCAAGGUAACGUGUAGUAACACAGACUUACUGUAACUUGUGGUGUCAACCCUAUUUUUCUAGUACUUAUGUACUCUUGUAUGAAAGGCUUUUAAC